CCUGCAGAGGAUCUUUGGGCCCAGCCGGUGCCUGCGCGGCGUCGAGCGCCCCAGCGAAGCGGGGCCCUUCGCUGCGGUUGUGCAGGGCAGGAUGCGGGAGCAGUAAGUGCUGGGGGCUGCUCUGCGUCCGAACGUGGUCACACCUGGUGCACCCGUUACCUGCUCUAACUGCCUUUAGCAGCAGUCUGUGUGAGCAAGAGCAUGCGGGGUACACGGUCCUCAAUAUCCCCCGAGCCAUCCUCCAGCUCUGUGUGUAUCUUGGCUCUGCCUUCGGAGCCGAGCUUCCUUCAGACCCUGACGGGCUCCACAAUCUCCGCGUUUGGCAGCGAGAGCCUGGGCCUGGCUCAUGGCUCUUUUCCUCUCCGCAGCUGGCAGAAAGGGAUGGAGUUCUCAUCCUGCGGCCAGUGGGAGGAAGCCAUCAUCUGCUACACAAAAGCCAUCAGCCUGGAUCCGCAGCGGGCAGAGCUGUACGAGCAGCGGGCUGAGGCUUUCCUGCAGCGUUGUGACUUCCAGUCGGCCACUCUGAACUUCAGGAAGGUGCUUGCAUUGGGACCUGCGCGGGAGCAGCACUGCCUGGCUCGCUUAGCCCUCGUCCUUGACCUGCAGUUCCCAGAGUGCCUCCAGAUGCUUAACAGAGACCUGGCAGAGGAUGCGAGGAACCCUGAUUUGUACGUGCUGCAUGCCUCCUUCUACGAGCGCUUUGGGCAGAUAAGGCCGCUCCGGUCCCUGAGGGAUCCUGGCAGCUCCUCCUGGAGGUGGGGGAUGCAGGUGGAAGCUCCAGGUCCUGAGGGAACCCGACCUCCCUGGCAGCUGGCCCUGUGUCACCAGGACAUCCAGCGGGCGCUGCAGCUGGAGCCGCAGCAUGGAGCUGCCCAGGCACUGCAGCAGAGGCUGCGGAGGCAAGGCCUGGAGGCCAAGGCCGAGGCAGUGUCGAAGGCUCUGUGCGGGGACCUGCGUGGGGCCCUGCUCACGAUCAGCUUUGCCAUUGAGACCAACCCCUUGGCUGCUGAAUUCUUCACCCUCAGGGGGGCCCUCCUCCGACGGCUGAAGGACUUCAGUGCAGCCUGCAAGGACUUGGCCAAGGCGAGGCAGCUGUGUGCCGACGAGGGCCCGGAGGCUCAGGAGGCUCAGCUGGUGCUCACCUACAAUGACUGUGCUGUGGACUGCUACACCCUGGGCCGGCUUGAUGAGACUGUGAUGCUCCUUGGUCAGGCUCUGCAAGAUGAGAGGACAGAGGAGGGACUCUGUGUCAACAGAGGAGACUGCUUCCUUUGCCUGGGGGAGCUGGCCCACGCGCUAGCGGACUACCAGCAGGCGCUGGAGCUGAGCCCAGGGAACCUCGGUGUGCAGCGACGUGUUGCGGCGGCGCUGCACGAGCUGGCCCUGUGUGAGCUCCUGUCCCCUCACAGGCGGUACCAGCAGGCGGAGGCUCGCUUCUCCGCUGCCAUUGAGCACGACCCCCAGGCACCGCUGCACUACCUGCACCGGGCCCAGGCCCGCCUGUGCCUGCGGAGGGUGCAGAGCGCGAGGGAGGACGCUGUGCGGAGCCUGCGGCUGGACCCCACGGACAGCGAGAUCCUUUCCCUCACACACCACCUCUUUCCAAGAAAGACUGUCCAGGCUAUCCUGAGGAGUGAGACCGGACACCUCGCCCAAGAAACCUUGGAGAAAACACUUCAGAGCCCUCCAGAACCCCCAGUUUCAGCCGAUGAUGCCUGGUGUGACAGUACUAGGUGA